AUGGGCGACAUCAGUACAAACAACCGCCAAAAUGGCAAGAAGCAGAUCCUGCUCAAUGCCUUUGACAUGUCCACCGUGGGCCAUCUGUCCCCAGGACAAUGGAAAAACCCAGCCGACAAGUCAGCCACAAAGCGCAAGCUAGACUACUGGAUCAAUCUAGCCAAGCUCCUCGAGCGCGGAGGCAUCAACGCCCUGUUCCUGGCCGAUACAUACGGCGGAUACGACACGUACGAAGGCAAACUAGACGAGUGCAUCCGACGUGCAGCGCAGUGGCCCGUCACUGAUCCGACAAUCCCCAUCUCCGCCAUGGCAGCCGUGACCAAGAACCUCGCGUUCGGAAUCACAGCCUCGACCUCCUUCGAGCCACCAUUCCUCCUCGCGAAGCGCUUCUCGACGCUAGACCAUCUCACCAACGGCCGCAUCGGAUGGAACAUCGUGACCUCGUGGAAGAAAGCAGCCUUCAAGGCCAUUGGCCUUGACACGCCCAUCGAGCACGACGAGCGAUACCGCCAAGCAGAUGAGUACCUGCGCGUGCUAUACAAACUCUGGGAAUCCUCCUGGGCGCCCGACGCCCUCAACCCGGACCCCGAGAACGACAGCUACGUGGACCCGGACAAGGUGCGCCAGAUCAACCACAAGGGGAAAUACUUCACCCUGAACACGCGCCACAUCGUGGACCCGUCCCCGCAACGGACGCCAUUCCUCUUCCAAGCUGGCACUUCAGCAGCGGGGUCUUCCUUCGCGGCCACACACGCCGAAGCGAUCUUCGUCUCAAGCCACUCGCCCACCGUCCUGCGGCCCAAGAUCGCCAACAUCCGACGUCUGGCUGCCGAGCAAGGGCGGGAUCCAUCGUCGAUCAAGUUCUUCGCGACGUUCACGCCGAUUAUCGGACGGACGGACGAGGAAGCGCGCGCUAAGUAUGAAGAAGUGAAGAAGUACGCGUCUGUCAUUGGGGGACUGGUGCUGUUUAGCGGGUGGACGGGGAUUGAUAUUAGUCGGAUCCCCAUCGAUCAGGAUAUCACGGCGGCGGAUUCGCUAGAGGCGCAUAAGGUCACGAGUCAGUUGGAUGCGUUCACCACCACGAGCGAGGACGUGCCGCGGUGGACGCCGCGGGUCGUGGCGGAAAAGGCGGCCAUUGGGGGAUUGGGGCCUGUUGCGGUGGGGAGUCCGGAGAGGGUGGCGGAUGAGAUGGAACGGUGGGUGAGGGAGGCGGAUCUGGAUGGGUUUAAUUUGGGGUAUGUGACUACCCCGGGGACGUUUGAGGAUGUGGUGGAGUUGUUGGUGCCGGAGUUGAGGAGGAGAGGGCUGUAUCCUGAUGCUGUUGAGGAGGAUGAGGAGGGAGAAGGGUUGACGGCGAGAGAGAAGGUGUAUGGACGGGGACAGAGGGAGUUGAGAGCAGAUCAUCCGGGGAGUAAGUACAAGUAUGAUGUUUAUGUUGAGGAGGAGGAAGAAGCAGCAGCAGCCUAGUAGUCUAUUCACAUAGCCACAUACAGUGAUUACUGGAUAGACCCUGUGACGACAAAUAAACUACCACAACCCAAAGCCACCACAGCGCCGCAGCCGUGAAUCCCAGUCUUACUUACCUCUUACAAACUAACUUACUUCCCCAGUCUACUCUCAAAACUAAACAUUCCCCUUCCCUGACC